AUGGAACCCUUGUCGGAUGCCCAAAAAUUCAUUCAAGACCUGACUUACGCCGUCGAGUCGCGCAGCACGGAAUUGAUCGAUCGGCUGAUCUCUCGCGACUUUGUCUUCGCCAAGUGUCUUGAAGAGAUUUCAAGAGGUUUGUUGGCUUGUCAUCCAUAUUGCUAACAUUGUUGUUCUCAGAACAGUUGAUCUCCGCGCUGCUCAAUGCUUCUGCCGGCCAGUUAGCCAUUCGCCUCAACAAUGUCAAUGUACAAGCAGAAGUCAACAUCAAGAUGAACGUCACUGUCACUGGAUUGGGCAAUCUGGGACAGACUUGGCUGUACAUCACAAAAUACGGAAAAAGAUACAUGCUGAUUCAUGGACAGGAGAUGAGAUGUCCAUGA